ACCUGCGCGCAUGCGUAGAACAUGUCCAAGGAAUGGAGAAGGCCUCACUGCGGCUGCGGAAACCUAGCCAGGCUGGAUGAGACCUCACUGAGCAUGCGCACAACAGAGUUAGUCUUCCUCCUCCGCCAUACAGAGCCAGCCUUCAGCGCGCAUGCGUAAGACUCAGUGCAUGAAGGCGGAAGCGUCUUCAAAAUGGCGGCGUCCUCAGCGCUGGAGGGCCUCUUGGUCCCGCACAUCCUCCCCGCUCAGUGCUACGACGAGCUCCUCGUCCGCUUCAACCUCUUGCACAUUCCCUGCCUCAAAAUCUUAAUCAGCAAAGGCCUCGGAUUCGCCAUCGUUGCUGGCUCCCUCAUGGUGAAGCUGCCCCAAAUCGCCAAGAUCCUGGGGGCCCGGAGUGCGGAGGGGCUGAGCUUCAACGCCAUUUUGCUGGAGCUCAUGGCCAUCACCGGAACCAUGGUCUACAGCGUCUCCCGCAGCUUCCCCUUCAGCGCCUGGGGGGAGGCCCUCUUCCUCAUGGUGCAGACGGUGGCAAUUGGGUUCCUGGUGCAACACUUUGGGGGACACACAGGACGAGGCGCCUCCUUCCUCCUCGUCUACCUGGGCCUACUUUCCUUCCUCCUCUCCCGCUUCACCCCUCCGGCCCUGGUGACCACCCUCCAGGCCUCCAACAUGCCAGCCGUCGUCAUCAGCAGGCUCCUGCAAGCGGCUACAAACUACCGCAACGGGCACACGGGUCAGCUCUCGGCCAUCACGGCCUCCUUGCUCUUUGCAGGGUCCUUGGCGCGGAUCUUCACCUCCAUCCAGGAGACAGGUGACCUGCUCAUGGCCCUGACCUUUGGGGUCUCCUCUUUCUGCAACGGCGUCAUCAUGGGGCAGCUCCUUUACUACUGGAACGUCCCAGUUGACAAGCGCAAGAAGGCCUAGGAGCCAACUGACUGCCGGGUGUCAUUCUGCAUAUCAAGGCAGGAAGAGAAGAGGCCUCCCAUCUUCUUUCCGGCUGCUCUUUUCAUGCGCCCUGAGCCAAGGGACGGUGCUGCCUGCUACGUUUGGGAAUCAAUGCUGCCUCAAUGGGACUUGAGAGGUGGAAAAAGGAAGGGGAAAUCACUGUACGGGUUUUAAUUUUACUACGAAAUAUAGCUCUCCCGCAU